AUGACUGAAGUAGAAUCGGAGACUAAACAGAAAGGUAUUAAACUGCUAAAAUGGUUUGGAAAGAGCAAAAAACUUGUAUUUUCAUGUGUACAGCAUAAUAAAAAAGAAAAAACGACCAGACGAUCGAUCAAUCCUAGCUCAUACUCGUCGACUGUACAACACACUUCCGCACCACCUACAUCCACAUCAUCCAGAAAAACCCUACCGUUUUCAUCACUUUUCUCCAAUUCACAAUUAUCUCCAUCGCGCACCUCUGCAUACUCAACUCCCUCAAUACCAACCACCCCGACCACCCCGACAUCGCCAUUCCGGAAAACUCACCGACAUCAAAUAUCCCGUACGAUUGAAACUACAACGACAAGUACAACCGCUACCCCCGCUGAGGUUGCCGCAGUUAGUUGGGAGACUCCUGAUACAGAUGACGAGGACGAGGCUUUUGACAAUAUCCCGAACAAAAAGAGGAGGCGCUGGGGCAACAUUGGACUUAACAUAAGUUUCGAUCAUAUUGAAAACACAACAACGCGUACAAAGACAGAAUCGACAAUAAAUUCAACAUCGAAUUCGAUACAUUCCGAACACGAGGAACGACCGCAACAGUUAUCAGAACGAGAACCGUCGAGGCUUCUGUCUUUCUCUCCUAUGAUGAGUGAUGGGCGGGUGUGGGAUGUAAAGGAUUACAGAGACGACGGAGAGGAGCGAGAUAUUUCUAAGCAGAUGUCCGGAUUUACGCCCACAACUGAAUCUUCACAAAUAUUUCCAUACAAACCUCUCGCGUUAACUAAUUCAUAUCCUCUCCCAACUCCACCCUUGUCACCCGACUCUCCUUUACGGACAAGUUCACGAACAGCUUCUACUACGAACACCUAUUCUCUUUUUCCGUUUUCGCAUUCGCGCCCACAAACACCACUUAACGCCCCACCAUCUCCACCUGGUUCACCUGUAUUUCCACAAACGCCAACAAAUCAAAUUCGUUCAUCCUCACAUUCACGUACACACACGCCAUCUGAUUCGCUCUCAUCCCAAUAUACCUCGACUCCGUACCAGUCCGUCGCCUUUCCACCUCUCACCCCAAUCACCAACCCUUCCGAAUCAUACCAUCCGUCCUCUUUCUACGUACCACAUUCAUCGGAAUUAUCCAAGUCACAUAUUAAUGACGUUUCCGUAUGGGCAGCAUCGACUAAUGCUGCCUUGAUUAAUGUUAUCGGAGAAAUUCAAAAUCUUAUUGAGCGAUUGCCUCUUAAUCAACCAAUGGAGUACAUGGUAAUUGAUGACAAUGUAACUGCUCGUGAGAUACCAACGGACGAAGAAAUCAAAGAAUUAUGA